AAAGCAAGUGUAGAGAAGCAGCUUCUCAACUCCUCGACUCUUACUCAGCUUCAGCCUCCUCGCCUCCGGCCUCCUCGCCUCCUCUCCAGCCUCCAUCAUGUCCAUCAGGGUGACCCAGAAGUCCUACAAGGUGUCUACCUCCGCCCCAAGGUCCUUCAGCAGCCGCUCCUACACCAGUGGGCCCGGCUCCCGCAUCAGCUCCUCGGCCUUUUCCCGAGUGGGCAGCGGCAGCAGCUUUCGGGGCGGCCUGGGCACCGGCAUGGGUGUGGCUGGGAGCUACGGUGGGGCCCCAGGUUUGGGGGGCAUCACAGCUGUCACCGUGAACCAGAGUCUGCUGAGCCCCCUCAAGCUGGAGGUGGACCCCAACAUCCAGGCCGUCCGCACCCAGGAAAAGGAGCAGAUCAAGACCCUCAACAACAAAUUUGCCUCCUUCAUCGACAAGGUGCGGCACCUGGAGCAGCAGAACAAGGUUCUGGAGACCAAAUGGAACCUCCUGCAGCAGCAGAAAACUGCCUGGAGCAACAUAGACAACAUGUUUGAGAGCUACAUCAACAACCUCCGUCGGCAGCUGGAAACUCUGGCCCAGGAGAAGCUGAAGCUGGAAGUAGAGCUUGGCAACAUGCAGGGGCUGGUGGAGGACUUCAAGACCAAGUAUGAGGAAGAAAUCCAAAAGCGCACAGACAUGGAGAAUGAAUUUGUCAUCAUCAAGAAGGAUGUGGAUGAAGCUUACAUGAACAAGGUCGAGCUGGAGUCCCGCCUGGAGGGGCUGACUGAUGAGAUCAACUUCUACAGGCAACUGUAUGAAGAGGAGAUCCGUGAGAUGCAGUCUCAGAUUUCUGACACGUCCGUGGUCCUGUCCAUGGACAACAACCGCAACCUGGACUUAGACGGCAUCAUCGCUGAGGUCAAGGCCCAGUAUGAGGAGAUCGCCAACCGCAGCCGGGCUGAGGCCGAGACCAUGUACCAAAUCAAGUAUGAGGAGCUUCAGACACUGGCUGGGAAGCAUGGGGAUGACCUCCGUCGCACGAAGACGGAGAUUUCUGAGAUGAACCGGAACAUCAGCCGUCUCCAGGCAGAGAUCGAGGGCCUCAAAGGCCAGAGGGCUUCCCUGGAGGCUGCCAUCGCUGAUGCUGAGCAGCGUGGUGAGAUGGCUGUUAAGGAUGCUCAGGCCAAGCUGGCUGAGCUGGAGGCCGCUCUGAGGAACGCCAAGCAGGACAUGGCACGGCAGCUGCGUGAGUACCAGGAGCUCAUGAACGUCAAGCUGGCCCUGGACGUGGAAAUUGCCACCUACAGGAAGCUGCUGGAGGGCGAGGAGAGCCGGCUGGAGUCUGGGAUGCAGAACAUGAGUAUCCACACCAAGACCACCAGUGGCUACGCAGGUGGACUGACUUCGUCCUACGGGACCCCUGGCUUCAACUACAGCCUGAGCCUGGGCUCUGGCGGUGGCCCCAGCUCCUUCAGCCGCACCAGUUCCAAGGCUGUGGUUGUGAAGAAGAUUGAGACCCGCGAUGGGAAGCUGGUGUCUGAGUCCUCUGAUGUCCUGUCUAAGUGAAAGGCUCCUGCGGUCCCUCCCAGCAUUCCCCCGCUCACUGGCUCCCGCAGAUAGAGUUGUGCGGGGGAGCAUGUGCAUGGGAGACCUGAGGUUUCGCCCCUGUCCUCCGCCCACACCUGGGGGGAGUCGACUGCCUGGGGUUGCCCCUUUUGCCCAUGACCCCAACUAAAAGCCAACGUAAGCUUCUUUUUCAGAAUAAAUCCAAUUCGAGUAUCUUUUUUCAGAAUAAAGCUUCAGUUGGCUCUGCCAAAAAAAAAAAAAAGCAAGUGUAAAUUAUUUGCCUUUUAACUUGAAUGUAGUUAAUUCUCUGCCGAUAAACUUACUGCCUUAUAGUGAGUCUGUUUCACUGUUCUUCCUUUCCUUUGAGUUUUAUGGUAAAUAUAGUUAUAAAACUGUGUAUUAAUUUACUUUAAGCUAUAUAGCUCCUGACUUAUGUAUAUUGGAUUCAGUCUAGAAAUUUUAACUUUAUUUUGGUCCUGAUCCUGAAAAAGCUAGUAUAUCUGCCUUGUGUAGGCUUUAUUGACCUACACAAGUUAUCAUAUGGCUUUAUUUUUAAAAUACUUUUCCAUUAUAUUAUUAAGAUAAUACAUUCUUGUUAAAAAUAUUCCAAACACUGCAACUGUAUUCCCAUGUCCACUACUUUCCCUGGAGGUAGCCACUGCUGAUACAUCAGUGUGUGUUUUAUUUCCCUAAUAAUUUUUUCUCUACAACUGUAAGUAUUGAGGUUUGUGUGUAUGUAUGUGUCCAUUAAGCCAACAUAGAAUAUGUGAUAGUAUUUGACAGCCAACAUAGAAUAUGUGAUAGUAUCAUUUGACAGCUUAGUAUAUUCACUUACCAAUAUAUUGUAACAUCUUUAUGCUGGUAUAUUUUAUGCCAGAUCUACUUGAUUUUUAAAAAAUUAUUGAGAUAUAUGAAAGUUUUACCUCAUCUCAUUUUGUGGGCUUUUAUUUUAUUUUGGAAAAUGUUGUUCAGUCACUCAGUCAUCUCUCUGUGGCUCCAUGGACUAUAGCACACCAAGUUUCCCUGUCCUUCACUAUCUCAGAGUUUACUCAAACUCAUGUCCGUUGAAUCAAUGAUGCCAUCCAACUGUCUCAUACUGUUUCUUCUCCUCCUGCCCUCAGUCUCUCCCAGCAUCAGGGUCUUUUCCAGUGAGUCUGGUUUUCGCAUCAGGUGACCAAAGUAUUAGAGCUUCAGCUUCAACAUUAGUUCUUCCAAUGCAUAUUCCAGGUUGAUUUCCUUUAGGAUUGGCUGGUUUGAUCUAUUUGCUGUCCAAGGGACUCUCAAGAGUCUUCUCCAGUACCACAGUUUGAAAGCAUCAAUAAAACUUAUUUUAACUUUUUUUUUCAAUUUUAAGGAUAUAAUUUAUUCUCUUGUAUAUUUAUUUCCCAUUAAUCCAUGUUGAGCCAUGUUAAUGGUGGUGGUGGUUGUUUGGUCGCUUGGUUAUGCCCAACUCUCUUGGGGCCCCAUGGACUGUAGCCCUCCAGGCUCCUCUGUCCAUGGGAUUUCCCAGGUAUGAAUAUUGAAGUGGGUUGCCAUUUCCUUCUCUGGGGGAUUUUCCCAACCCAGGGAUUGAACUUGCAUCUCCUGCAUUGGCAGGCAGAUUCUUUACCACUGAGCCACCAGUGAAGCCACAUGUUCACAUUACUGGACAUGUAUUAAACUUUUAGUCUGUUAGGAUUCUUAGAACUUUUCUGCUAUAUUUUCUUUUUUUUUUUAAUUGAGAUCAAAUUUGUAUAUAAUAAUGUACUUGUUUUUUAAGGUAUACCAUUUUACUUUUUUUUUGGCUGCAAUGGGUCUUUGAUCCUGUGCGGGCUUUCUCUAGUCACAGUGAGCAAGAGCCUGGUUGUGGUGUGUAGGCUUCUCGUUGUGGUGACUUCUCUUGUUGUGGAGCACAGGCUCUAAGGUGCCGGCCCUUCAGUAGCUGUGGUGACAGGCUUAGUUGCCACAUAGCAUGUGGACUCUUUCUGGACCAGGGCAAUCAAA